AUGAUUUACAUCAUCUACGGGCUUCAAGACAGGUCUUCGUUCCGUUCACAUUAUCAUUUGCGCUCGUCAUCGUCUGUGGCUAAUAGAUCACCAACAAAAAUUAACAGUGCCCCAGCUAUUGCAAGCAAGAAAAGGCCUUUAGUCAAUGGUGGAAAGGCCUCUAAAACCUCCAAACGUGGACCACCCGCAAAAUCCAUUAAAAAGUCGCACUCUGAUGUCGAGGCUUCAUCUUCACACUCAGGUGGUAGUUCCACUGAGGAAGAGCAUCCGUCUCAAGAAGAAGAAGAGGAGGAGGAAGAAGAUGAGCUAACAGAUCGCUGUUGUUCACCAUCCAACAUAACCACAGAGGAUUACACUGGAAAGAAACGCGGUGCCUCCGUCGGGAAGCGAAAAUGCUCCAGUGUUCGUCCAGUCCCCAACGUUACCGAAGGUAUUGCUACCGGAGCAAAGAAACGUAAUUCUUCACUUGCGGCUUUAGCUAUUGGAGCCAGUACCACAAUUGGUAGAGCAUCAACCGGUAUUACUGGAUCUAAGAAAACCAGCUCUUUGGGCGCAUCAGCAGGCCGGCGCCGCGUCGCCCGAUCUCGAUCUCGCUCCAGCAGUGUUUCUAGUAAUGCUAGCUCUGAAUCUCUGAGGGCUGGGGACGUGGGUAGUUCAUCUCACUCCUCGCUUAGUUCAGAUGCUCUUCGCGACUCCGGAAAACCAGGUGCUGGUGGCUCGAGCUUCAGUCGAUAUUGCAGUCACUCGACCUGCUUGGCAGACGGUGACACUCUUCAUACAGCUGGAGCUAGCAGCACUAUGUUACGCAGGCCGCCUUUUGCUCCUCCGAUAUCCACGGUCGGUGGCGCGACCAAUGUUGGUGGCCUUAGUGGCCAAACAGGCAGCAGCAGUGGUGAUGCUACUUCUGGCUCUGCUGCUCCUGGGAGCCAGUUAAUCGGUUCGCACCACCACCACCAUCAUCAUGGCCAUGGUCAUGGUCAUUCUUCAUCCACUUCUGUUGGCGGUGUCGUCUCCUCAGCCACCUCUAGCUCAACACAUGAAGCCAUGCUGGCGGCUGCCACUUGUUUGGCUGGCUCCAAUCACCCGCUUGCCGGAGCUCUCGGCCAGGCUGCCUCAGGCCUGCUCAAUGUCUCCGGCGCUGGGGCCAGUGGUACUCUUCAGCCACCUAUUGGAUUUUCCACUGUGCCGCGGUCCCAUCUGCCACCAAACAAGCGUGCGGCUGCUGCAGCUGCAGCCGCAGCGUUGGGAGCUGGUUCCAAUAUUGGUUUAAUCGACACUACAGGCUUCUCAGCCCUUACUGGUAACUUGGCCUCACCGGGGCCUGCCCGCAUUGACGCAUUCACAGCUGCCACUGGUCUCAUGCCUUCUACUGGAACAAGUUUGUCUGGACAUGGCUUUUCAUCCUCUGUAGCCACUGGAGCUGGCUCAAGUCCCGGUUCACAAGUUAGCCCGGCCUCUGCUCCACAGUUAAUCAAGCGGAUGGCCAGCAAGGCGAUUCAAGUAAUAGACCCCACAUUCAUUAUUAACCUUCUUCCUCUUUGUUUUAACCGCCUUAAUCCUUACCUUAUAAAUACAGUUAAGCUGGUAACUCCUUACACCUAUGCAUACCUGUAUCCUCUAAGUCCAUUAGAUUGUAGCAUAAAUUGCACAAUUAUUAUCCUUUUUCUAUGUAUAAUUUCAAUAUUUGUGGGGAUCAAAUUAUGUCGAAUUAGUCGUUUAACACUAACGCAUUCUUUUGAAGAAUAA